UUCGAGCGACCAACGUGCAGGCCGGACGGUAAGCUGCAAUUAUCGCAAAAUGGAUUAUGAUUAUCGUUGUUUCUUCUAGAUUUAGAAAUGUAAUUAAUCUUUUAUCUGUUGUUUUGUAUAAUACGACAUUGACAGAUUAUUAACACCGCUUUAUUUAUAACUAGCGUUCAUAAAGUUAUCUAAAUUGGAACAUAAUCAUUAAUACCUCAAGAUCUUAGAGUUCAUUUUACGAGUUACAUUUUGUCGAUUGUUUUGUUAUUAACAUUUGAAACAGAAAUGUCUCUGUUUUCAAAUAUUUUUUUAAACGAUAGCUGUGAAGUUUGAAAAGAAUUACUAGCAAAAAAAACCUAACAAUAUGAGAAAUUUGUUAACUAAUAUAUGUGUAUAAUAUGUCUUAAUUUUUAAUGUUUUAAUAAAGAAAACUGCAUUGUUAUAGUAGGUCAGAUGAGCACACGUCUCAUCUAUUAUUAAGGGGUUACAUUCACAUCGGAAUAGCGUCACCCAACUUGUAACAUAGACAAUAACAGAUGCAAAACUGAUCACUUCGUAUUAUUCAUUAAACUUUAUUAUAUAACAAUUAUUGAAACUUAAAGAAAACUGAAUUAACUGUGCGAUCACACGUAUAUUGUGUACGUAUUUGCGGACAACGAAAAGCUGAUCAAACAAAAGUUAACCAUUAAUUUCUUUAGGUAUGUCGAACUAAUCGAAUUUAUAUCAUUGAUAGAAUAAAAAAAUUGUUAUUUUAGUAUAUGGAAGUAUUCGACUACUAAAUUGACAGAAUUUAUUUGAUCUAAAAAUCUAAAUAAUCUAAAAAACUAAAUAAUCUAAAAAAAAUAAGUACUAAGUCGUAUAUAAUAAGUGGUAAGUCUACUAAUAUUAUAAAGAGGAAAGAUUUGUUUGUUUGUUUGUAUUGAAUAGGCUCCAAAACUACUGAAACGAUUUGAAAAAUUCUUUCACUGUUUGGAAGCUACACUAUUCCCGAGUAACAGCUACAUUAUUCCAGAGUAGGCUAUAAUCUUUUUUGAAAAAAAUUACGGAUCUUUACUAAAACUUCAAUAAUGUAACCCAAGGUGUAAAAAUUACCUAAAGUAUUCUUUACAUCGCGUGCGCUGCGAAAACUAAUGAUGAUAGAAUAAAAUAAUGUACUACGACUUUGUAGAACACAUUAUUAUUUACAAAAAGUCUCGCGACAGCAUAUUAUGUCCUAACUAUUGUAGUUAUGCCGCAAUAAGUGUGUCAACUGGUGGUAGGACCUCUUGUAUACCAUAUUGGGGUUUUGUAUAAACCGUUAUUAUGAAUAAUUCAUUCACAUCAAUCUCCGGUAAUGUUAAUUCGUUAGAACAAUUUCAUUUCGAUAAGAUUAAUGUCAUUGGAAGUGUGUCGGGGCGCGAGGCGGUAUCUUAUCUCUCGUCAUGAGUAUUGAUUCAAACUUCAAUGCAGUACCUGGUGUCGUUUGCAAAUGUAAAUAUUUUGCAUACGUUUCGUAUUUUCAAAUGACGAUUCUAAGGUACAACGAAAACCUCGACAAUACCGUGAACUACGUUGCAACACUCGCCUUCUUCUGUGGGAUAUCUUGUGUUACGAUUAUGCUAAAAUUCGGAGGUUUUAAAGCUUCCUUAAACAUAUUCAAUAGUAGAAAGAAUGGAAAAGAGAAAACCGAAUUACAUCAGGGCUCAUAUAUGACAGGCGCGUAUCGUACGAACAGAGACGACGUGUCUGGAUACGUCAGCACUCCGUCGCCCACGAAAACAUUAUCCCCAGCAAUGGUGAAGCUGCCGGGACGAAAACCUUGUUGUCUGCUGACCACACGACCCACUAAGAGCCUCGGCAAUCUCACAUUAGCCACUUCGAGUACAAUGAAAGCAGUUCCGAAUCAAAACACAACGGACGUAUCAACCGACCCGAGGGGCGACGGAGAUCGCGACAUAAAGAAUCCUUCGCACAAACAACGAGAGAAAGAACGCAAAAGACUCGAGAAGCAACGACUAGACGAACAGAAAGCUAUCGAACGGACGACACGUGAACAGGCUAAAGUGGAAAAGAUAAAGAGAGAGAAAGAAAAGAAACGAGUGGAAGAGAGCAAGAUAAAAGAUAAGAAACGUAAAGCGCCGCAGCCGCAACAGCAGAGCGUCCCCUCACUGGGACAUGGCUCCGCUAAAUACUCAAUAAACACUUUGGACAGUUCGAUCAGUCGGAGCACCGGCCCCCCGCCUUACUCAGAAACAGCGACGGAGCUAGUAACGCUGGACGCGAGCGACGCAACACGAGACGUAAGCUUCGGCAAACCAAUCGACACAGGCACUUGGGAUAUCGUAGCAGAACACAGAGAGCAACUGAACAGAACAACACACGCCGUCGACAAAAACGACAAACAAACAGUCAUAGACUUGAACUACAGCGCGGGAAGCGAUGACAAAACCGACAACGUCGUGUAGGAAAAUAAUUCACAUCAUUGUUUAUUUAAAAAAAACAAAAAAAACUCGCAAAUAUAUCGAACGUAACAAAUAAUCUAUUUACACGAUAAGAUACGUCAAAAAAGCUUGUUAAGAACAUAUUUUUUAAUGUUUUUGUAGGUGUUAAUAAUUGUUAUCGUAAGUCAUCUUAAUUUACUCGUAAAACGAUAUUCUAAUAUGAAUGACUUAUAAACCAAA